CGCCACCCACCAACACCCUAGCUACUCUCAUAACUCUGAUAUCAAACCCAUCCCAUGGAUUAACAAUAUGUUGAUGAGUAGCUGAGGUUUGGACCCACCUAUUUAUUUACCCAUUUUGCUCAGUGUUUCAAUCAUCCAUUCCACUGUGUUUUGAAAUUCAUUUUGUGAAAACUUAUAGCAUUAGAAAUUCAAAAAAAAUGCUUUGGUCUGUGGCUACUUCCACACUAAUUUGGCUCCCAUCAUCAUACACCAUUUCCAUUUCCACCUCUACUUCCUGGAAUUCCAACCCCAGGCCCUGUUUUCCUAGAGGAAUUCCACAAGACCUUCUACCACUACUGCACAAGUCUCCCACUUUCCCUCUCUUAUCCACAUUUUCCCAUCACUUCUCUCCCCAGGACUUGAGUUUCCACACCCACUUCUCACCCAAAGCUUCUUCUUCUUCUUCUUCAGUAGUUGGAAGUCCAGACUACAGAGAAGAACCUUCCACCAAUGUGAAAUUUCAGACAUUAUUAAGACUCCCAGGUUGCUCAAGCCCAUUAUCAUUACUUGGAACGGGAUACAGGGAGAAAGUUUUUGCAAUUAUCGGUGUUAAGGUCUAUGCUGCAGGACUAUAUGUGAACCAAUCUAUUUUAAGCACAUUAGAUGCUUGGAAAGGGCAGUCAGCUCAAGAGAUACAAGAUGAUUCAUAUUUGUUUGGUGCAAUUUUUCAGUCUCCACUGGAGAAAUCACUACAAAUUGUUCUGGUAAGAGCUGUUGAUGGUAAAACCUUCUGGGAUGCCUUGGAUGAUGCCAUCUCACCAAGAAUCAAGUCACCCACUCCUGUUGAUGAAUCGGCUCUCUCCACAUUUCGUAGCAUCUUCCUAGGGCGGCCUCUCAAGAAAGGAACUAUCAUGUUUUUGACUUGGCUGGACCCAACCAAAAUGCUUGUUUCUGUUUCAUCUGAUGGUUUGCCUUCUGCUGUGGAUGCCACAAUUGAGUCAAUGAACGUCACGAUGGCUCUGUUUGAUGUGUUUUUUGGAAGUGAUCCAGUGUCUCCUUCCUUGAAAACUUCAGUUUCAAAUGGCUUGGCAACAAUGCUCAAGUAAAUGUGAUUACACGUUACUUCUCAAUUUUCUCCUUCAUACACGUCCUCCUCUACCAUGCGCUAAUCUGUUAGUCAUUGUGAGAUUUUCUUCAUUAUGCGAGUUGCUGCAUGUUAUGUUGCAUCUAUUGACGAUAUACAUAAUUAAAUUACCCUUAUUUGUAAUAACUUACGCUUGAAAGGACAAAUGUAUCAAUGAAUGAAAUAACCAUGUUUGGCUUGGAAAA